GACGGGGCGGGGCUUGGGUCACGUGACGGGCUAGCCCCGCCCCGCUCUGCAGCUGAAGACUUCCCCUCCCGCAGUGACAGAGCCCGCGGGUCGGUGGUCGGCACUGGUCUGUGCGCCUCGGGCCCGGCAGGUAAAUUAACAUGAUGGAUUUCUCCAAGCUACCCAAAAUACUCGAUGAAGAUAAAGAAAGCACAUUUGGUUAUGUGCAUGGGGUCUCAGGGCCUGUGGUUACGGCCUGUGACAUGGCGGGUGCAGCCAUGUAUGAGCUGGUGAGAGUGGGCCACAGCGAGCUGGUGGGAGAGAUCAUUCGAUUGGAGGGUGACAUGGCUACUAUCCAGGUGUAUGAAGAAACUUCUGGUGUGUCUGUUGGAGAUCCUGUACUCCGCACUGGCAAACCCCUCUCGGUAGAGCUUGGCCCUGGCAUUAUGGGAGCCAUCUUUGACGGGAUUCAGAGACCUUUGUCGGAUAUCAGCAGUCAGACCCAGAGCAUCUACAUACCCAGAGGAGUCAACGUGUCUGCUCUGAGCAGAGACAUCAAAUGGGACUUUACACCUUGCAAAAACCUACGGGUUGGUAGCCAUAUCACUGGCGGGGAUAUUUAUGGAAUUGUCAACGAGAACUCACUCAUCAGACACAAAAUCAUGUUACCCCCGCGAAACAGAGGAACCGUGACUUACGUUGCUCCACCUGGGAACUACGAUACCUCUGAUGUUGUCUUGGAGCUAGAAUUCGAAGGUGUCAAGGAGAAGUUCAGCAUGGUCCAGGUCUGGCCUGUUCGGCAAGUUCGACCAGUCACUGAGAAGCUGCCAGCCAACCAUCCUUUGUUGACUGGCCAGAGAGUCCUCGAUGCCCUUUUCCCAUGUGUACAGGGAGGCACGACUGCUAUCCCUGGGGCUUUUGGCUGUGGAAAGACAGUGAUAUCGCAGUCUCUAUCCAAGUAUUCCAACAGUGAUGUCAUCAUCUAUGUAGGAUGCGGUGAAAGAGGAAAUGAGAUGUCUGAAGUCCUUCGGGACUUCCCAGAGCUAACCAUGGAAGUUGAUGGUAAAACAGAGUCGAUCAUGAAGAGAACAGCUUUGGUAGCAAAUACCUCCAACAUGCCUGUUGCUGCUCGAGAAGCCUCUAUUUAUACUGGAAUCACGCUCUCAGAAUAUUUCCGUGACAUGGGCUAUCACGUCAGUAUGAUGGCUGACUCUACCUCUAGAUGGGCUGAGGCCCUUCGAGAAAUCUCUGGUCGCCUGGCUGAAAUGCCUGCGGACAGUGGAUACCCUGCAUACCUGGGUGCCCGUCUGGCCUCUUUUUAUGAGCGAGCAGGCAGGGUGAAAUGUCUUGGAAAUCCUGAGAGAGAAGGGAGCGUCAGCAUUGUAGGAGCAGUUUCUCCACCUGGUGGUGAUUUUUCUGAUCCAGUUACAUCUGCUACUCUUGGUAUCGUUCAGGUGUUUUGGGGCUUAGAUAAGAAACUAGCUCAACGUAAGCACUUCCCCUCUGUCAACUGGCUAAUUAGCUACAGCAAGUACAUGCGUGCCCUGGAUGAGUACUACGACAGACACUUCACAGAGUUUGUCCCCCUGAGGACCAAAGCUAAGGAGAUUCUGCAGGAAGAAGAAGACCUGGCCGAAAUCGUGCAGCUUGUGGGAAAGGCUUCUUUAGCAGAAACAGAUAAAAUCACCCUGGAGGUAGCUAAGCUUAUCAAAGAUGACUUCUUACAGCAAAACGGAUACACUCCUUACGACAGGUUCUGCCCCUUCUACAAGACAGUGGGAAUGCUGUCCAACAUGAUUGCCUUUUAUGACAUGGCCCGGAGAGCUGUGGAAACCACUGCCCAGAGCGACAACAAAGUCACAUGGGCUAUUAUCCGCGAGCACAUGGCCGAGCUCCUCUACAAACUUUCCUCCAUGAAGUUCAAGGAUCCAGUGAAAGAUGGCGAGGCAAAGAUCAAGGCAGACUACGCGCAACUUCUUGAAGACAUGCAGAACGCAUUCCGUAGCCUUGAAGAUUAGAACUGUGGUUUCUUUCCUCCUUUAUCCUCAGCAAGCUCGUGUAUUUUCCUAAAUUCUCAUCUCAAACCCCUCAGCUUCUCUGUUGUGCAGCUUUGAGACGAGCGUCCGUGUGUGUUACCAUUUGCUUGCCUGUUCAUUUGGUAGGUCAUCUAUAAAACCAACAUUCCUCUGUCUCCGUGUUUGAAAGGCCUCCCCAGUUCUUUAUCUAAAGUGGUGAAUGUGUUAAAUAUGUGAACAAUGGCUGCCUACUGUAACCUGUCGUGUCAGGUGGCACACAUAACCUUUUCCUAGGUUUGUCCUUUCCUCUUCUCCACUGAGUUGUCAACAGGACUACUGCAUGUACUCGAUUUGCCAUGGGUUUAGGACGAAGACCAAGCACUCUGCCGAAUGACUCAGUAUCUCCAUGGUGAGGUGAUUUUCAGUUUAGCGUCUGCUAAGUAACUGUCUAACUUGGUCUACCAUCAUCUUGUUAAAACAUGUUUUAUUUCACUAGGAGAAAUUCAGUAUCAAGGGCUGCUACACUACAUUACUAGUAAAUUCUUUCUAAAAUUACAUUUAAAACAAUCACUGAAAACUUGAUCCACAUCACACCCUUUCUUUUCCUCAGACAUCUUAGAAGCCUACGCGUCCGAGAACCGUGUGACAGCAUGACUGCCAUUAGAAUGCCACAGAGAAGAUUCUUAGCAGUGGUUACAAGCUGCUUGCGCCUUUCCAGGCCAGCUGGGCUGUAGUGAUUCCUGGGGCCACGGUGGCAUUCUGUUUUCAAAAAAUGGUGACAGGUGUCACUUGUUUGUUUGUUGAAUUUUUAACUGACUGGUUUACCGGUUACAAAAAUAGUUUCAUGUACUACUUCACCCACUGGCUGAAAAGACUUCUCAGAACAUCUGUAGCCACAGCAGCAGAGCGAUUUCCCUUGUUAACAGUGAUGGAACAAACUCAUUAUCAAAACAGGAUUUGUGUCGUGUGAAGAAAAGAUCGUUUCAUCCUGUCUUUUAGGUAUUUGUGUCAAGAGAAUGGUGUCUGUGUUUGUGUGAGAAGGCACCCUGCAGAGCCGUUUCCCAGGAGCCCUUUCUGACCAAUAGGACUCGUGUACCCUUGCUUCCUCUUUGGGAAGAGGAGAGAGCGUGUGGAGAGCCUAACCGUCUCAGAUGCUCUAAUGUAAUAGCAUAAGUAAAGGAUUGUAGGCCACAGUAUGUUGUUAUUCAAAUGCUUGGGUAAUACAUUUCUGUUGGCCUGUGAAGGAAAGACGUAAUUAGUAGAGAAUUCAGCUAUGGUUUUCUUUAAAUCCUUGCAGAUUGUGUGUUCUCACAGUGGCCUGCUGUUCAGGAAAGGUGUUCUGUGAAACUUUCUUUAAGCUUUUGGAAUAUUGGCAGAUAAAAAUGAUGCAGUGACAUGUUGACAUGUAGACUUAACGAUGCUGCUUCAUCAGUUUGCUUCCAGUGUGGUCUCCUUCUCUGACCAGUGGAAAUUAAAAGGAUUUCAGAAACUUUCUAUUCCUACCUUAAACUCAGACCAGCAUACUAGGAUUGCAAUAGUAAUGAAUGAUACGAUGAAGACAGUUUGACCAAAUUUGUUUUUUGUUAUCCUGAAUUCGCAGUGUAGACUCUCACUCCUUUUUAGAAUGUUGCUGUGUGCGUGUGAAGAUGCUAGGGAGACUGCGCUCAGAUAUCCAUUGUGAGUGACCCUUCACCCGCGUGUUGUAGAAUUCCAGAUUAGGACACUGAUCUUAGUUCUUUAAUAAGAAUGUGUUACAGUGAAAACAAUCUUUUAAAAAGAUAAUGCAACUCUGUAUUUAUUGUGCUGUGCCUGGUCCUAAGUGGAGCCAGUUAAACACGUUUCCUAUGUAUUUUUCCAGUGUUAAAUCUCACACAUUGUACCCUUCGAAAAUUUCCUUCCAUCCUGAGGAACAAAUAGAAGAGGUCAUAUAGACUGCCUCCCUUAUUCUUGAGAUUUCACUAUCUUUAUGUUAAAAGUUGUGUAUAAUUGUUAAAAUCUAUGAAAGAAUAAAAAGUGGAUUUAAAUUAA